UAUCAGGAGCAACCUAAUCAAGAAAGAAGAGCAGCACAGAGCCGUGUUUAAUCACUCAUCAAGGACCGAUGGCGUUUCUGGGAGGAUCAUUGCGCGUGACGAGAAGCAUUGACGACCGGAAGAUGACGGAAGGGAAGAGCCACGGCUGGUCAGGGUCGUGGCGGCAGGAGCCAGCUCCCGUGAGGCAGCUCUACUGGAGGGUGAGGCGUGCCGUGCUGCGGCCGAAGCGCCGUGCCGUGAGUUUUGGGUACGAUCUCAAGAGCUACUCCCAGAACUUCGACGAUGGCCUCGCCCCUGCCCACCGCCUCUAGCUAGCCACACCCGCAGGGUCUUCUUCUUCUUCUUCUUCUUCUCAAUUUUACUUGCCGCCCGGCCGGACCAUGGCUCGAGGCUGAAGAGUUUGAAGCGUCCUCACCUUGUGAUUUGCUCCUCCUCUAGUUCA